GGGACCCAGGGCAGUAGUUGGCACAGUUUCGGCGGCGCCUACAGAGGGUGCACUGGGGGCGCGGGACCCUGGUGAGGCGCGCGUUAUGGAGCCGCCCAGCUGCAUUCAGAAUGAGCCCUUCCCGCACCCCCUGGAGCCCGAGCCGAGCGCCCCAGGUCAGCUUGGGCUCGGGAAGCCGGGCGACAAGAGGUUCCGGCUGUGUUACGUGGGAGGGUCCUGCCUGGACCGCAGGACCACGCUGCCCAUGCUGCCCUGGCUCAUGGCCGAAAUCCGCCGGCGCAGCCAGAAGCCCGAGGCGGGCGGCUGCGGGGCGCCGGCGGCGCGCGAGGUCCUCCUGGUGCUCAGCGCGCCCUUCCUGCGCUGCGUCCCGGCGCCGGGGUCCGGGGGCACGGGAGGCGCUGGCCCCGCGGCCACGCAGCCCAACCCGGCCGUGUUCAUCUUCGAGCACAAGGCUCAGCACAUCUCGCGCUUCAUCCACAACAGCCAGGACCUCACCUACUUUGCCUACCUGAUCAAAGCGCAGCCCGACGACCCCGAGUCGCAGAUGGCCUGCCACGUUUUCCGCGCCACAGACCCCAACCAGGUUCCUGAUGUAAUCAGCAGCAUAAGGCAGUUAUCCAAAGCCGCCAUGAAAGAGGAUGCCAAACCCAGCAAAGACAAUGAGGACGCCUUUUACAACUCUCAGAAGUUCGAAGUCUUGUACUGCGGAAAGGUGACAGUGGCCCACAAGGUGGCCCAGUCCAGCCUCAUCGAUGACUGCAUCGAGAAGUUCAGCCUGCACGAACAGCAGCGCUUGCGGCUCCAGGGCGAGCGGGCCGCGGACCCUGGCGAGGAGCUGGUCCUGGAGGGUGAGGCUCUGGGGUCCCCCCGGGACAGCCUGCCCGAGGAGGAGGAGGAGGAGGAGGCGGAGAACAGCCACCCUGCCUUGCCAGCCCUGGCCAGCCAGCCCGUGCCAUCCAGCGCCCGGGUUUGCUUCCCUGAGCGGAUUUUGGAAGAUUGUGGGUUUGAUGAGCAGCAGGAGUUCCGGUCCCGGUGCAGUAGUGUCACCGGGGUCCUUCAAAGGAAAGUUCACGAGAACGGCCAGAAGCCACAGCCGCGACGCAGACACGCGAGUGCCCCUAGUCACGUGCAGCCCUCGGAUUCCGAGAAGAACAGAACGAUGCUCUUCCAGGUUGGACGAUUUGAGAUUAACCUUAUCAGUCCAGACACUAAAUCAGUUGUGCUAGAAAAGAAUUUUAAAGAUAUCUCAUCUUGUUCCCAGGGUAUAAAGCAUGUUGAUCACUUUGGCUUCAUCUGUCGGGAGUCCCCAGAACCGGGGCUGAGCCAGUACAUUUGUUAUGUGUUCCAGUGUGCCAGCGAGUCCCUGGUCGAUGAGGUCAUGCUGACUCUGAAGCAGGCUUUCAGCACGGCUGCAGCCCUGCAGAGUGCCAAGACCCAGAUCAAGCUGUGUGAGGCCUGCCCUAUGCACUCUCUGCAUAAGCUCUGUGAAAGGAUUGAAGGUCUCUACCCGCCAAGAGCCAAGCUCGUAAUACAGAGGCAUCUCUCAUCACUGACAGAUAAUGAGCAAGCUGACAUCUUUGAACGAGUUCAGAAAAUGAAGCCAAUCAGUGACCAGGAAGAAAAUGAACUUGUGAUUUUACACCUGAGGCAGCUGUGUGAAGCCAAGCAGAAGACACAUGUACAUAUUGGGGACGGCCCAUUGACUAUUUCAAACAGUGCAGUCCCAGAAAAUGCUACAAGCAGUGGAAGGUUCAAACUUGACAUUCUGAAAAAUAAAGCAAAGAGAUCCUUAACUAGCUCCCUGGAAAAUAUCUUCUCAAGGGGAGCUAACAGAAUGAGAGGUCGGCUUGGAAGUGUGGACAGCUUUGAACGGUCUAACAGUCUUGCUUCAGAGAAGGACUACUCACCAGGGGACUCUCCACCAGGAACACCACCAGCCUCCCCGCUGUCCUCUGCAUGGCAAGCAUUCCCUGAGGAGGAUUCCGACUCGCCUCAGUUUAGAAGAAGAGCGCACACAUUCAGCCAUCCACCAUCAAGUUCAAAGAGGAAGCUGAACCUGCAGGACUUGAGGGCCCAUGGGGUGCGCUCCCCUCUGCUGAGGCAGAGCUCCAGCGAGCAGUGCAGCCUCCUUCCGUCAGUUCGACGCAUACACAAGGAGAGUAACUCUUCCUCCAGUCUUCCAAGCCUCCACACUUCCUUCUCUGCCCCUUCCUUCUCUGCCCCUUCUUUCCUGAAAAGCUUUUACCAGAAUUCAGGUAGACUGUCCCCACAGUAUGAACAUGAAAUCAGUGAUGGAGAAGGGAGGAAACGGACCUCAUCCACCUGUAGCAACGAGUCCCUAAGUGUUGGGGGAACGCCUGUCAUUCCUCGCAGAAUCUCCUGGCGGCAGCGCAUUUUCCUGCGGGUUGCAUCUCCCAUGAAUAAGUCUCCCUCAGCAAUGCAGCACCCAGAUGGACUGGACAGGAAUGAGCUUUUGCCACUGUCGCCUCUUGCUCCCACCAUGGAGGAGGAACCGCUGGUUAUAUUCUUGUCCAGUGAUGAUGACCCAGGAAAGGUUGAAGAAAAAAAGAAAUCAAAAGAACUAAAGAGUUUGUGGAAAAAAGCAAUACAUCAACAAAUCUUGUUGCUUCGAAUGGAGAAAGAAAACCAGAAACUUGAAGAAGCAAGAAGAGAUGAACUCCAGUCUAGGAAAGUGAAGUUAGACUAUGAAGAGGUCGGAGUAUGUCAGAAGGAGGUCUUAAUAACAUGGGAUAAGAAGCUGUUAAACUGCAGAGCAAAAAUUAGAUGUGAUAUGGAAGAUAUUCAUACUACUCUCAAAGAAGGAGUUCCCAAAAGUCGACGAGGAGAAAUUUGGCAGUUCCUAGCUUUACAAUACCGUCUGAGACACAGACUGCCUAAUAAACACCAACCUCCUGACACAUCCUACAAGGAGCUUCUAAAGCAGCUCACUGCUCAGCAGCAUGCGAUUCUUGUGGAUUUGGGAAGGACGUUUCCUACUCAUCCUUACUUUUCAGUACAGCUUGGGGCAGGGCAGCUAUCACUCUUUAACCUUCUGAAAGCGUAUUCUUUGCUGGACAAAGAAGUGGGCUACUGUCAGGGGAUCAGCUUCGUGGCUGGAGUCCUGCUUCUCCACAUGAGUGAAGAGCAAGCCUUUGAAAUGCUGAAAUUUCUCAUGUAUGACCUAGGUUUCCGUAAGCAGUACAGACCGGACAUGACGUCACUUCAGAUUCAAAUGUACCAGCUGUCCAGGCUCCUCCAUGACUACCACAGAGAGCUCUACAAUCACCUUGAAGAAAAUGAAAUCAGCCCCAGUCUUUACGCUGCCCCUUGGUUCCUUACAUUGUUUGCCUCUCAGUUUCCAUUAGGAUUUGUAGCCAGAGUUUUUGAUAUUAUUUUUCUUCAGGGAACUGAAGUUAUAUUUAAGGUUGCUCUGAGCCUGCUAAGCAGUCAAGAGACACUUAUAAUGCAAUGUGAAAACUUUGAGAGUAUUGUUGAAUUCCUAAAAAGCAGGUUACCUGAUAUGAACACUUCUGAAAUGGAAAAAAUUAUUACCCAGGUUUUUGAGAUGGAUAUUUCUAAACAGUUACAUGCCUAUGAGGUAGAAUACCAUGUGUUGCAGGAUGAACUCCAGGAAUCUUCAUAUGCCUGUGAGGAUAAUGAACCUUUGGAGAAGCUGGAGAGGGCCAACAGCCAACUGAAAAGACAGAACAUGGACCUCCUAGAAAAACUACAGGUGGCUCAUGCUAAGAUUCAGUCCCUGGAAUCAAAUCUGGAAAAUCUUUUGACCAGAGAGACCAAAAUGAAGACUUUAAUCCGGACCCUGGAACAGGAAAAAAUGGCUUAUCAAAAGACUGUGGAGCAAAUCCAGAAGCUUCUGCCAGCGGAUGCCCUAGCCAAUUGUGAAUCACUGCUGAGAGAACUAAACUGCAACCCUAACAACAAAGCCAAGACAGGAAAUAAGCCAUAAUUCAAGACUUGCGGUUGCAGCAGAAGGUGCUCCUUAGAACCCCAGAGAGAAAGAGCCUGUAUGCCAGUGGCCUGGCAGGACACCCAAGUUGGAGGAACCACUUACCACCAGUGCUGAGCCAGGUCAGCAGGCAGACCUGGCUUUCAUUAGAGCAAGCCAAUCCUAUGCCAUUGUACAGAUAUAGACUGGUUUUUCUUGUUGCUGACUAUGUACAUAUAUAUAAAAUAGACAUAAAGGGUUCACACUUUCAAAUAAAAUGAGUAGACAUAUAUUAAGAGCAAUUAUUUUUCAGUCAGAACUUCAUGAAAUCUACACCCAAGGGAAGUUCAAAUGGAAUUCUCCUUGGGCAUAUGUGAAAUCUUUUUGUCUUUAUAGUGAAAUAAAGAUAGAGCAUUUUUGUAUAUUUAGAUAUACUUGAAAAAAAUGAAUGUAUUUUUUUCUCCAAAGAACAGCAUGUUUCACUUGAUGGUGGAAAGGUGGAACCAUUUAUGUUACUUUAUGUGUAUCUGUCUUCAGUUCUGCUGACAUUGUCUAUAGGAGAAUGGUUGCUAGUCAUGAUCCUGUUGGUUUUUAAGGAAGUUAGGGGCUUUUUUUUCCCCUCCCUGCUUUGUGCCAGUUAUCACAUUGUAUCUUCAUGCAUUGUGAGUCUGAUUAGGCUUCACUUUAGAAGUACAGGAAGAGAAAGCAGGACAUUGUGUCUGAGUCUCUCCAGCUCAAGGUAAAGAAAAAGAAGAAGGUUGCUAAUUUUAUAGUAAAUUAGACCAGCAUUGUUUGAAAAUAUCAGGGCUCAAAAAUAUAAUUUAGGACACUAAUGAUGAACCUUUUAGAGCUUUCAGUAUAUGUGCUGUCAAAGCAAGCACCUUUUAGAGCUUUCAGUGAUACAAGCAGCCUGCCUCGGCACAUGUGCCAUAGGUUCGCCACCGCUGAUAUAGGACCUAAAUUAUUCUGAUAAGUUUUCUGCCUUUUUAUUUAAAUGACUUACAUGGUAGUGAGCAACAGAUAACAAGUGACAAGGUUUAGCCAUUUCCCCAUUAAAUUGUGACACCUCUCAAUUUAGUUCUUUCUACCGUCAAUUUAGGAUAAUGAAAUACAAUUAUGAUUGAUUUUCCAAAAAUGACUUGUUGUUUUGAGAUCUCCCCUCCCCUCUUGGCCAGUUGAGAGACUCUAAUAAGCACUUAGCCAUUUUCCCCUUUCAUUUGAAAAUUUAGAACUGUGGAAUGUUUAGGAACAAACCAUUGAAAUCCACUGGGAUGAAGAGUAAAGUUACACCAGCUCAGCAAAAACCCUACAGUUCUGCAUUUGGGCUCCCAACUUCCGUCACCUACAAAUAGCUUAUUAGAGGACAUUCAAGCAUUGCUGGCUAUAUGGAAGGAAAGUCAUUUUCAAAGAAGACAUGCAGUUUUCCAUUUCAUAGAUGAUUUUACAAUAGUGCCUCUGAAAAUUAAUGUAGCAUUUUUGCCUUUCCAAACAGUAUUUAUCAUCACUGCUCUUUUGUAGUACUUAUAUUUCCACAGAUGGGUUAUUUGUGGUGAUUUUCUUCAAAGAGAGUUUGUUAUACAUAAGCUGAAAUUUAUUAUAGCGGGCAAGAGUACAGGUUUCAGGAAAUCUUGAUGAGCAGAUGAAAAACAUCUGAAACCCCUUCAGUGUGUAUGUAAUGACUCAUUACAGAUCAGCAUGCCCUUGAAUCCAGGAGGUUUCUUAAAUGACAAUAAAGUCUUACUAAUAAGUAAACUUACUGUAAGUUCUAGGUUCUAGAGAAUGUUGAUUCUAGGUGCCCCAUUUAGUUGAGGGCCACUAAGAGAUCAGUUGCUUGAGUUUCCUAGAAUUUUCCUUAUUUGUAGGAGGGUUUGCUUUUUUUUUCUAACAAGAAUGACAAAUAUCAUCUUCUUACUGUCAGGUGAUGAAAUCUGCCUUAAGGAUGUGAUAUGCAGUUGGGAGCCAAGGGAUCUUUUAGUUGGGGAAGGAAAUCUUUUUUGUUAUUAAGUUUAAAGUAAACUUUAUUCUGGAAGUUUAGUCAACAUGAGUUGCAAUAUGGUGUUCAUAGGUGACUUGGCUACAGCAUUUUCUUUUGAAAAUGAUUUUUUUUUUCAUUUGUGAUUUUUUAAAAUGUUGCACCAGUUAUGCUGCACACAUUUUACAUCUUCAUCUGGUUAAUGUAAUGUCUGGUUCAUUUCAAAUAAAUACAUUGUUGCAGUUUCCUCGA